AUGGCCGAGACACAGAUCCUAUACCUAAAACGCCUCGAAGACUACAAAAAGGAAAAGCCAUUCGAAGUCUUAUUCAGCCUUGAAGGAUUUGCAGAUGAGACAAAGCAGACCAACUGUGUCCUGGAACCGACGCCUGUCCUGAUGCUCAACGCCCGCCAGGCCUCUGAGCCACCAUCGCUUCGGAAGAACGGUUUUCAGCUCAUCCACUCCCCAUGCCCGCUCAAGAGUGAUGAUUUCGAUGAUAAACAUGCCGUAUCUGAGAUAUACUUGCCAUCGGUCAAGCGCUGCGUUUUGGAGGUCCUCGAGGAACCUGCAGAGAUGCACAUUUUGAAUCACAAGGUUUUCAUGUCUUUCCCACUGGUGGCAAUUCUCAUACAUGAACAUGAUGCUCAGAUUCGAAAGAGGAAUUUUAUGUUCCCUGCUAUCUCCAAGGAAGAGACACAAUAUCUACAGCCAAUUCCUUCUGUGCACGGCGGUGAGCUUUGCCGCCAUCCCUCUUGA